ACAUAUCCUCACUUCCUCCAUCGACAGGGAGAGAAGAAGCUCCUUUGUGAAGCUGAAGAACAUCACACAGCCGAAUCGAUCUCUCCCCUUCCUCUUCUCGUUUCUCUCCGCGGAGACUGAGAUCACAUCCGAGUCGCGAUCAUGGGCUACGAGGAUGAUCCGUACCGUGACGAGGAUGGCGAGCCGCUGAUGGACUACGACGACAUGCCUUCCGAUCGGGAGCCGACGCCGGAGCCCCAACCUCAGCCCGAUCACUUCCUGGACGAUAAUCUUGAGGAUGAUAUCGGGGAAGAGGACAAUUGGAGGGGCCGUGACCGGUCGCAGACUCCGGCCUACGACACUGAUCCGUCGGCGUCCAAAUCAAAGCCCAGGAAGAGGCUGAUCAAGAAGAACGUGGAGGCUGAUGAGGGCGGUGGUGCAAGCUUCCGCGACUUUGAGGACGAGAGCGAGGGUUAUGGAGGCAUUGGUGGGGCGGAGCAGUUUGCGAGGGAAGGAUCAGAGGAGGAGAGAAGGAUUAAGAGGAAGAAAUCAAUGGAAGCGGCGGCUGGAAAGAAGGAGAAGAGACACAAGAGUGGGGGUGAAAAGAAGUCUGGGUCCAAAUCGGGGUUCUUGAAGAGGGGAAUGGGCAGCUCGGGUAAAGUUUCAAGGGACCGCGAUGGCGAGGUUAAGGAGAUGUGGGACACCAUUGCCGGCGGUGACUCUGAGGAUGAUCAGGACGGUUUAAGGACGGUGGAUGAUGAUCACUUCAUAGAUGAUAGUGGUGUUGAUCCCGCGGAUCGUUAUGGAAGUGAUAAUGAACCCCGUUCUCCUAGCAGUUAUCCUCAGGCAGAGGAGGGUGAAGAGGAUGACGAAAUCAAGGAGCUUUUUAAAAUGGGCAAGAAAAAAAAGAAAAAUGAGAAAAGUCCUGCAGAACUUGCUUUGCUUGUUGAGAAUAUAAUGGCUGAGCUCGAGGUCACAGCUGAAGAAGAUGCUGAGCUAAAUAGGCAGGGGAAACCUGCUAUUAAUAAACUAAAGAAGUUGCCUCUUCUGCAGGAGGUUCUCUCCAAAAAGCAGCUGCAGCAGGAGUUCCUAGAUCAUGGAGUAUUAACACUUUUAAAGAAUUGGCUAGAGCCUCUUCCAGAUGGCAGCUUGCCGAAUAUAAACAUUCGUGCAGCAAUUUUGAGGAUUUUAUUUGAUUUUCCAAUUGAUCUAGAGCAAUAUGAUCGAAGGGAACAGCUAAAGAAGAGUGGCCUCGGAAAGGUUAUCAUGUUCUUGUCAAAAUCGGAUGAAGAAACCACAGCCAACAGGAAACUUGCCAAGGAUUUGGUUGAUAAAUGGAGUCGCCCAAUAUUCAAUAAGAGUACGAGGUUUGAGGACAUGAGGAAUGUUGAAGAUGAGAGGGUUCCUUACCGAAGGCCAUCUGUUAAAAACAGGCCUGCAAACAAAGGUGCUGGGAUGGAAUCAACAGAUGGUGAUGAUGUUGAGAUGUUCUCACAGGAAAGAAAAUCGAGCCAAUCAUCUUCGAGGCUACAUGCUUCAGUCCCUGAGGCUACACCUCUGGAUUUUGUGGUACGGCCACAGUCUAAGAUUGACCCAGAACUGAUGAGAGCCCGGUUGAAGCAAACUAACCCCGACCAACGGCGCUCAAAGAUGAACAAAAAGCUACAGCAGUUGAAAGCACCGAAAAAGAAGAAUCUUCAGGCAACUAAGCUUAGUGUGGAGGGUCGUGGCAUGCUCAAAUAUCUGUAGAUCCCAAUGCAUCGUAACUCUUCUGGUGGAGUUGGCACUCAAUAACUUGGGAAGUCGUAUUUGUAUUUCUAUCUACAAUUUUUUAGAUGCCAACUUAUUGGUCCGGUUUCAACUGAAGGAAGUCACCCGGCCUUGAGUCUUUGUUUUCUUCGGUGAUUGUAAAACGAAGUUUGACAAUGAAUAUUUAUUGCUGAAUUUGAAUCUCACUGAAAGUGAAGAUACGAAGAGAUUGAUCGCUGUCCA